UUUUUCAUUCUUUCUAAACAUUUUCAAAACUGAUUAUUUAGAGGAUGGAAAGCUCUACUUUUAAUCUUUUGAAAUUGUAAAUACUUUGUAUCUCAUCUGUAAGAAUGUUUUACAUAUAAUAUUUAUUAAGCAUGUUGUUAUAUUGUUCUUACAUUACCAAAUUUUGUUCAGAUUUGUAAACACUAAAUGUUACAUUUUUUUUUCCAAUUGCUAACACACUAAAAUGACAUGCACAGCACAAUUAUUUAAACUGACACACAGAGAGCAAAACUUCUUCUCAAGUCUCCAAAAGUCUAAACACCUUUUCUGCUUUACACACAUUUUGCAUUUCAAAAUGGCACUUUUUAAAUGCACUGAACACAGUUUUCUGCAUAAGACACAACAAUCUGACAUAAAGUCACAUGUUUGCCAUUUCAAAACACUGCCAUUCAAAAGGACACUACAUGAGCUAAUUGGCCAAUUACAUGUGACACCUGGCCAAACACAUCAAUGGUUAAUUGUUAACGCUUCAAUCAGGAUGUAAGCACUAUGAAAAGACCACAGGUGAGAACCUUUUUUUUUUUUUACAACAACAAUGGAAGACAUUGCAGAGAGAGGAAGAGGAAGAGGAAGAGGAAGAGGAAGAGGGAGGUUGAGGUUGAGAAUAAGAGGGGGAGGAAGAGUGAGAGGUAGGGGUAGAGCAGGUAGAGGAGUUCAUGGCCAAAGAAGACAAACACUUUCAAAUGAAAUCAGAGCAACCUUAGUAGAUCAUGUCAUCACCCAUGGGCUGACAAUGCGUGAGGCUGGACAGAGAGUGCAGCCAAACUUGAGCCGUUUUACUAUCGCCUCUGUCAUCCGGACCUUUAGACUGGAGAACAGGUAUGUAACCAAAAUUUCAUGUAGUACACAUGUAGUAUACCCCAUGUCAUAGUGUAUCAGUUGGGUGACGCCUGUUUACUUGGUGUAUGACAUCAGCCAUUCAUGAACUGUACAAGUUUCCUGUACAAUGUACUCUACUGUGGGGGAAAAUAUUUAGGCUGCAUUGUCCAAGCCCUAUAUAUAUAUUUUUAUUUUAUUUUUUCUAAAGGACUGAGAGACGACACCAUGGUGGAGGAAGGGGCCAAAUGUUCACCGGGGUACAGGAAGCUGCCAUUGUAAACUUGGUUUUGGAAAAUAAUGAAAUCAGAUUACGAGAAAUUCAAAGCCACAUCAUCCAAGACAACACCUUAUUCAACAACAUUCAAUGAGUUAGUCUGUCCACAUUAGCUCGCAUUCUCAAGCAAAACCAAAUCAGAAUGAAACAACUUUAUAAGGUGCCGUUUGAGAGAAACUCUCAAAGAAACAAAGAGUUCAGACGAGCAUAUGUGGAUGGAGUACUGGAAAUGGAUGCUCAUGCAAUCCCACAUGAGUUCAUCUUUAUAGAUGAGGCUGGGUUCAACCUAGCAAAGACCAGAAGAAGGGGGAGAAACCUCAUUGGCCACAGAGCCAUUAUAGACGUUUCUGACCAACGUGGUGGGAACAUCACAAUGUGCGCUGCCAUCUCCAGUAUGCAUGGUGUCCUCCACCGUCAUGCCAACCUUGGACCAUACAACACAGCCCAUAUUCUCACAUUUCUGGACAGACUUCAUAACAUUCUCAUACCACCAGAGCGUAUGAAUGAUGCAGACCAUCAAAGAAACCGGUACGUUGUAGUAUGGGACAACGUGAGCUUUCAUCGUGCAGCCCCAGUCCAAAACUGGUUUGCUGAACACCCAACAUUUCUCGUGCAAUAUCUCCGACCAUACUCCCCAUUUCUGAACCCCAUAGAAGAAUUAUUUUCGGCAUGGCGGUGGAAGGUAUACGACCGGCAGCCCUUUGUGUGCAUACCUCUUGUGCAGGCCAUGGAAGAGGCAUGUGAUGAGAUUGAUGUGGGUGCAAUUCAGGGAUGGAUAAGGCACUCAAGGCGCUUCUUCCCUCGAUGUCUGGCAAGGGAAGAUAUUGCCUGUGAUGUUGACGAGGCGUUGUGGCCAGACCCGGCUGUGCGGCAAGAUGCUGCCUAAUUAUUUUUCUUGCCUCCUUUUUUUUUUUUUUUUUUUUUUUUUUUUU